UUUUUUAAAAUUGUUUUUACUUAUACAUGUUGUAUAGUUGUUUAUAUUUUACCAAGCCAAAUGAAUCUGAUAUAUUUACGAGCAUUUUAUAUAUAGUUGCAGUGCCUCGGUACCCAGCUGCUAGCUAACUUCACACGUAGCGUUACGCUUUUAACAACUCUGAGGGAGGCAAUUUAACAUUUUGGCGUAACUCGGUUAGUUUAUUUAUUUGUAGGAAAAUGAAGACAAAGAAGAUGAAGCCGAAAAAUAAGCGUCUGUCCUCCGGGCUAAAAAAAAAAGACAAACGCAGCAUCCAUGUGAAAGGAAAAUGGAAAGCCAUAGAGCUCGAUCCCAGUCUCUUCUCCGAGGAGGGCUUAGAGGGUCUGGUGUGUUUUGAAGAGCUAACAAAUUACCGUCUGAUAGACUCCGAGGUGGCUGUAGCUAAAGCAGCAAAAGAACUGAAAAAUGAGAAGAAGAAGAAGAAGAAGGCGAAGAAAAGAAAAGCCAGCGAGGGAGAGGAGUCUGGAGAGAAGGUAGAUGUGGAGAGCAAAGAGGGAGAGAAAACAGCUGAACCAGCCAAGAAAAAAACCAAGAAGAAGAAGAAAAAUAAGAAACUGACAGCAAAGGAGUCAGUCCAACCAGAUAACAUUUCUGCAGAAGUGACACAGGACGAUGUAGCAGCAGGUGUGGAGGGAGGAGAAGAUGUAACAGCUAAAGAAGCCACUUUAACAGAUACAGCCAUUAGCUCAGAACCUCAUUCCCAAUCAAAACUCACAAAGAAGAGUAACAAAAAGAAGAAAAAGACACAGAAGCAGCAGAUAGAAAUGGAUACAGGCCCAGAAGAACAGCCAAACCUGGAGUCUCCAUCAGAACUUCAGGCUCUGGAAAAAGAAAAAUCCACUCAAGAUAAAAUGACAAAGCCCCCCAAGCAGCAAAAGAAUUGGACAAAUGCAGCACUUUCUGGCUCUAUUGACAAAAAUACUGAUGUUUGUGCAUGGAAGGACCUGUUUGUUCCCUCCCCUGUGCUAAAGGCACUGAGCAGUCUUGGAUUUGGUUCACCGACCCCUAUUCAAGCCCUGGCUUUGCCUCCAGCUAUCAGGGAUCGUAUGGAUAUCCUGGGGGCGGCUGAGACAGGAAGUGGGAAGACAUUGGCUUUUGGCAUUCCCAUGAUCCACACCAUCCUGGAGUGGAGAACCGGUUCAGAAAAGCCUGUUGUUGACAGCAUUGAACCAACCACAGAGGUGGAGAGUUUGUAUUUACCAGCUAUAGACGAGUCCACAAAGUCAGGUGACACAGCUGAAUCCACAAUAGAAGAGGACGAGGAGGACAACAUGGAGGCUGAGGAAGAAGGUGGUGAAAGCAUCACAGAGCUGGAUCAAGGUGACACAGAAGAACAUGACAGUGAAGAUGACGAUGAGAGGCUUGGGUGUGUUAAAGUAAUUGAAAAUGCAGACUUUGACUUUGACCCCACCGCUGAAGCAGAAGAAAAACCUGCUGGCAGUCGCAGUCAGCCGCUGCUUGGACUGGUGCUCACUCCCACCAGGGAGCUGGCUGUUCAGGUCAAGCACCAUAUUGACGCUGUCGCAAAAUUCACAGACAUUAAAACAGCGAUAGUGGUGGGUGGAAUGUCACAACAGAAACAAAGGAGGAUGCUGAAGCGAAGACCAGAGAUCAUUAUUGCCACUCCAGGACGUCUGUGGGACUUGAUCAAGGAGAGGCAUCCACAUCUGUUGAACUUGAGACAGCUCAGAUGCCUGGUUAUUGAUGAAGCAGAUCGCAUGGUAGAGAGAGGCCACUUUGCAGAGCUGGAGAGUCUGCUGGAGAUGCUGAACACUGUGCACUUUAAUCCCAUGAGGCAAACAUUUGUGUUCUCGGCCACACUGACCAUGGCUCGCAGCCUGCCCACCCGGCUCCUGCAGAAGAAGAAGAAGAAGAAUCUGGACCAGAGGAGCAAGCUGGAGAUUCUCAUGGAGAAAGUGGGGAUCAAGUCCAAACCCAAAAUCGUUGACCUGACCAGGAAGGAGGCAACUGCAGAGACUCUGACUGAGACACGGAUCCACUGUCAGAAGGAGGAAAAGGACUUUUAUCUUUAUUACUUCUUGCUCCAGUAUCCUGGCCGCACCAUGGUGUUUGCCAACAGUAUAGACUGUAUCAAGAGACUGAACUCCCUGCUGGUUAUCUUGGACCGUACUCCUCUGCCUCUUCAUGCCAACAUGCACCAGAAACAACGCCUCAAAAACCUGGAAAGGUUUGCUGAGAGGGAGAGUUGUGUUCUGCUGACUACUGAUGUGGCAGCAAGAGGACUGGAUAUUCCCAAUGUUCAGCAUGUUAUUCAUUACCAGGUUCCCAGGACAUCUGAGACUUACGUCCAUCGGAGUGGCAGAACAGCAAGAGCCACCAAAGAGGGUCUCAGUUUGCUGCUAAUAGGCCCGGACGACAUGAUGAACUUCAAAAAGAUUUACAAGGCUCUUGGGAAGGACGAGGAGCUUCCCAUGUUCCCCAUAGAGAUCAAAUGCAUGGAAGCAAUCAAGGAACGGGUGAACUUGGCCAGACGGAUAGAGAAGAUUGAGUUCCACAAUAGCAGGGAGAAGCACCACAACUCCUGGUUCAGACAAGCAGCAGAGGCCCUGGAGGUGGACCUGGAUGAUGAUCUUUUAAUUGGCAGAGCAAAGGAUGAAGACGCUGACAGAGAGCAGCAGAAGAUGGUAAAGGGGAUGAAAAAGCAUUUGAAGCAUUUGAUCAACCAGCCUGUUUUCAAGAACGUGACAAAGACCAAGUACCCCACUCAAAUGGGAAAGCUCUCCCUGCCUCACAUGCCUCUAGCAGGGAUGGAAAGUGCCCUUACCAGGGUUUCAAUACAGGAGGAGAAACAGAAGUUAAAGAAAGCUGUUCCACCACAGCAGAAAAAGCAGAAGAAGCAGAAGAAAGAACAGCAGCAGCAGCAGUGACAUGUUAAUGGGAAUGUGUGUUUUAAAAGACCAUCUUUGAUUUAUGUAAUUGUUGAUUUAUGUAUUUUUUUACAUAAAUUAAUUUCAAUUCAUUUAAAUACUUAUUGCACAAUGUGCAAAAAUUGUAUUUCCAGAUGUUGAACCGCUGUACACUGCAAGAUUUUAUAAAAAUCUGUUUUCACGAGUGUCUUAAAA